UUUUUGCAACAGUCAAUUAAGGACGGGACUAUUCAAGAAGAGGACACGGAAGGGGUUGAAGUAGCAGUACAAUGCAUUGGUGAGGCUUUUGGCGUGAAUAUCGAAGAUUCUGAACAAAGAUCUGCAUACGCGACAAAAGCGCCUUUAUUAUCGAUUUUUGAAGUUGCAGUCAAAGCUCAAGAGAGGAUAAAGCCAUCAACAAGAUCAGUACCUUCUCAGCCUGCUGUAGCAGAAACUAAAGUGAAGCUUACCGAGGAACAAAAGAAAAAAGCGGAAGAAUUAAAAUCGGAGGGUAAUCGCAAAGUUUCUGAAAAAGAUUUCGAAGCAGCAGUAAAACUAUAUAGUGAAGCCAUUGAAAUUAAUGGAAAUAACGCUGUAUAUUAUUCAAAUAGAGCCGCAGCAUACAGUCAAUUAGGUCAACAUCAUAAGGCAAUCGAAGAUGCCAUAAAGUCAUCACAGAUAAAUCCUUCUUAUAGCAAAGCGUACGGCAGGCUUGGGCAUGCUUAUUUCUCUGUCGAGCAAUAUAAAGAUGCGGUCGAAGCAUAUGAAAAAGGACUUUCACUUGAUCCUAAUAAUCCUACAAUGAAAUCAGCUCUUGCUACCGCUGAACAAAAAGCAAGUGAACUCAGAACUGAUCAAGGGCCAUCACGGGGUGCCUCACACGAUAGAAACACUCGAGGAAGUGGUGCUGGUGCGGGUGGUGGUUUAGGUGGACUUGGAGCAAUGAUGAAUAUGGCUCGUCAAAUGAUGCAGUCUGGAGCACUCAGUGAUAUAAUGAAUAAUCCAAACGUUGCCGAAAUGGCGCAAAAUAUAAUGCGAGGAGGAAACCCACCGAACAUGGACGAGAUGAUGAAUGAUCCUAAUCUAGCGAAUUUAGCACGUCAGUUUUCUGCUAAUCAAGGUGAUGGCGGUGGUGGUGGUAAUCCUGACAAUAAUGAAACUAAUGGAGGAACAAAAUAG